ACGGCUCGACAUGUGGGACCAGCAGGCGCAUAUGAGUUCCACCGUUUUGAGCUACUCAAAUACCUAGGCGCGCACGUCGUCCUCAUCAGCUUCGCCCUUGACGAUCCGUAUUCUCUUGACAGAGUAGAGGAAAAAUGGAUAAUCGAGGUCGCCCAUUUCUGCCCUAGCAUCCCGGUUAUCCUAGUUGGCCUGAAGAAGGACUUGCGCGAUGACCCACUCACCGUUGAAGAACUCAAUCUAAAUCGCUUGGCGAUGCUCUGGCACAUAAUAUUGUCUAACUGGAGAGGGCGUCAAAGAUGUCUUCCAGACCGGGGCGGUGGCCUCGCUCCUGGAACCCAAGAAAGGUGA